AAAAUAAAAAAUAAAUUCUGUGUGAAAUACUUGCAUAGUGCGAAAUUUGUGAUAGAAAAAAAUUCUUCAAUAAUUAAAAAGGAAUCCACAUUAAAAAUUUUCACACUUUUUCGUCAAUUACACAUGUCUCAAUAAUGUCGAGUUCAUAUGGUAGUAGUGGCAGCAGUGGGCACAAUGAUUUCGCCAAUCCUCGAUUGGAGUCGCAUAUGACGUUUGUGUGUCCAGAAUGUGGAGUGGAAUUCGAAUCACAGCAGGACUGGCGUCGCCAUUUAAAUGAGGAGCAUGAUUAUAUACACAAAACACCAGCAGAUUUCGAUUUUAAAGAAAUUAGUGAGAGCUUCCAUGAAUGUCAAGUUUGUCAUAAAUGGGUUGCCAAUGCCAAUCAAGCCAUUGCACUGCUCCAAUACCAUCGUUUUCUGCACUUGCCAUUUAACCGUACGUAUCGUUGUCGACAUUGCAAAGGAGGAUUCACACGUAAACGAGCUCUUUGUGAACAUCUCUACCGCUUCCAUAGCCGUCAAAUAAUUAUGGUAGAGAAAAUGCGGCAAAUAGAAAGUGAGACAACCACCAACGUAAUCCAAACGGCUGAACAAAAGUUGCUUCGCGAUCCACGUUUAAAUCGGGAAUUCUAUUUGCGUUUUAUUUGUCCACAAUGUGGCAAGAACAUCGAUAGAUACGAACAGUGGCUUAAGCAUUUAGACACACAUCCGUCUACCUCUCAUGAUUUGCGAAUGCAUCGCAUCUCCGGCUCACGUAACCACUAUUGCUUACAGUGCCGCAAGCUGUUGUACACUAAUGAACAACCGAAAUUGCAACGUCAUCGUUUUACUCAUCUGCCGUUCCGGCUGUUCUUCAAAUGCACUUUCUGCAUGGUAAAAAAGUCUUUCAAAUCGGAAAUCUUUCGACAUUUCGUUUACGCUCAUCCCCGACAUUUCAAUGAAGCCAAGUCCUAUAUUAAAAAGCCAGUUGAAUGGGGAGCGAAGAUAAAUGAUCGUCUUAACACUGAAUUAGAUGCAAUACUGAGGCGAUAUAAAGUAAUAGAUAGCACCGAGGAGAUGGAUCCAGCUAAUGAUAAUAAGCGUGGGAGGCAGCAGAAAAAGCAAACUUAUGCAAGUGAAAAGGCAAGACUAGCAGCUAAACAACAAAGAUUUGAGCAAGAACAAAGACAAAAGAACAGUGAGUGUGCUGAUACUGCAAUCCGUCGAAGUAACGUCCGAAUAAUCAAGGAUAAUGAUAAGGUAUCUAAGAGUUACACAAUAACUCCUACGGAAUCUACAACAGAAGAUGAUUUUGAAGAACUAUGUGCUGAUGUAUUCGAAUCCAUUGAGGAGGAAUCACAGCCCAUGGUCCAUAAUGGCGCGCAAAACAAGAGCGAUGCCAUAGUUGAAAACUUUAAACAAGAAAAGAGAGAUGAAGAAGAAGUGAUAAUAUGCAUUGAAAUAGAUACAGUCGACGAUGAUAACGAUCCUUCCACACAGACAAACAAUUUUAUUUGGUCACCGCCGCGAAAACGUUUAAAAUUAUGCCAAUCGGAAACAUCAGCACAUUCUACAAAACAAACAGCAGUCCAGAGUCAUGGCCAUAAGUAUAAUCUUCCAAUAGCCAAUAAAUCUAACAAGAAUGCAUUGCUGGAGGAAAACAUUCACUAUCUCUGUCCUGAAUGUGGCUCAGAGUUCAAUGAACAAUCAAGCUGGCGCAGGCACGUCUUUACCGAGCACAAUAUAGAAAAUGCAAUUCAGACAAAUUUUCAAAUGCUUGAAAAUCAACAGUCCUACCUUUGCCUCGACUGUAUGGAUGUACAACAUACCACGAAGCAUGCCGAUUUGCAACGUCAUCGCUUCAUGCACAUGCCAUUCCAGUCAUAUCUUAAAUGUAAAUUUUGCUCCAAAACAAAAUCCAGCAAACCUAAAAUGAUGCAGCACUUGCAGGAUUGCCAUGUCUGCCAAGGUAAUAAUUCCACAAACCAAGUAGUAGAAGGUGACAGUAACAGCGUCGACGUAUCGGCAGAACUUUAUCCGUGCAAAUUGUGUAGCAAAUAUUUCACGACAAAAGAACGAUUGCAGUUACAUCGCACUCAGACAUGCGGGGUGCGAGCAAAUGGUCUACAACGAGCCACUCCAGGCGGAAACACCACCAGCCAAAAUAAUAAUACAAAUGCCGCCAUAGCAAACAAUAUGAAAUUAUUGGCACAUUUGAAACAAGCACAUGCACGCAUGAAGCGUAUGCUGGCCAACGACACAAACUGAAUUUUGUAUUCUUAAGAACUAGAAUUAAAUUUCAAUGUUUUUGUUUACGUUGAAUUUAUAAUUUUAUUAAAAUAAAGCUGUCUUCUCAUAUACAUACAC